AUAAUUAAAAAAAAAAAAAGGAAAGAAAAUACAGCAAGAGCAGGAGCAGGUGGGUGACCAACCUUAAAUAUGAGCAUGGUAUAACCAGUCUUCAGUUUGAUCUAAACUCGUAACACUGCGAACUCUCCGCCUUUGCUGCUGCUCUCUCCAUCUCUCAACCAAUGGCAGUUGCCGCCAACUCGCUUGUGUCUUUCACUCACGGCUCUCUGAGUCAACCCAGAAGACUCUCCCAAACUCUUCCUUCCCCAUCUCUUUCUUUGCCAGGAUCUCGUUCACUCUCUCUAAAACUCACCCACCGGUCCAACUCAGCCCUUCAUUGCUCUUUAAAUGGACCCGACAGCACAGAUAAGAGCACACCAAUUGAAAAAAGGUACCCAGCUUUUCCUACUGUGAUUGACAUAAAUCAGAUAAGAGAGAUUUUACCACACAGGUUUCCAUUUUUAUUAGUGGAUAGAGUGAUAGAAUAUAACCCAGGGGUAUCAGCUGUUGGUAUAAAGAAUGUGACUAUAAAUGAUAACUUUUUUCCUGGCCACUUCCCUGAGAGGCCUAUAAUGCCUGGUGUUCUCAUGGUUGAGGCAAUGGCACAAGUUGGAGGUGUGGUUAUGCUGCAACCUGAAGUGGGAGGUUCUCGGGAAAAUUUCUUUUUCGCUGGAGUUGACAAAGUGAGGUUUAGGAAACCAGUAAUUGCAGGAGAUACUUUGGUUAUGAGGAUGACACUUAUCAAGCUGCAGAAGCGGUUUGGAAUAGCAAAGAUGGAAGGGAAAGCAUACGUUGGAGGUGACUUGGUAUGUGAGGGUGAGUUCCUGAUGGCUACUGGUAGUGGUUGAUAGUCUCAGUAUUUUAUCCUAUGUUUCCUCCAAUUUCCUGUGAAGUCUUGAGACACGUUGCACCUGAGGCUUUUGUACUGUAUGCAUCCAUUGCUAGAGAAGUUUUUGUUGUUCUUUCUGACAACCUUUUAGUAAGUUAUUGUGUACUUUUGCAGACAAAAAAAAAAGGUUUCUUGAAGUUUCUUCUAUCAAUUCAUGUAGACUGAAUUCAGUUAGCAAAUUCCAAUAAAAGGAGGUUUAAUAAUUAAAAGAGAACAUUUGUUCCUGUGAUUUGGAAGUGUAAAAGAAAAAAAAGAAAGGAAAAAAUUAAGCAAGGAAAAGAUAUUGCAGGGACCUUUUGGAUACACUUUUUGCUAGGGCUACUUGCAAAGGUCAGUUAAUUUCAUUAUGAAUGAACUCUUAGGCAGGUUGUUUCACGAGGACUAGGAACAGGUUUUACUGAAUAAAAGCCUUGCUGUAAUUUAAAGAGUGUAAAGCAAUCAGAUAAGCGGAGAUGAGGGAGAAAUAAAUGGCUUACCCUUUUAUUUAUCAAAAUUUGCUCCCUAUGCUUUGUUUCUCUCCUGCAUUGUCUCAAAUUCUCCCCCAGUUUAUUAUAGUUUCUUGAAAUUCAAUGAAGUUAGCCAGCAGUUCCCUGUCAAGUAUGGACCUUCUCUAGAAGGAAAAUGCACUUUUAGAAUCUCCAAACCAGCAUUUACUAAUGGAAUAGUCUUCCUGUGUUUUCAUUCAUAAAAAUUUUCUUCCAAUGAACAUUUUGUUAAUCUUUGGAGUGCAAACCUUGUGAACAAAGCAAGAUGUGUUGAAAUUGAAAAGGGGUUAUUAUUGAUGUCUGGGUGUUUUUUUUUUGGCUCCCAAUAAUGUGGCUGAUGAGUGCAUAUUACCUUUAGUUUGCACACAAUCUGUAGUGGGUCUCGGUGGUAGGAAAGGCUGUCCUUUAUGCAGCCAUCGAGGCCCCUUGUCUAUCUUAUGCUUUUAAGUUGGUAGGAAACAUCAAUUAUUACACCUCUUAUUUCAUGGAAUCACUUGCUCUACGAGCAUACACUUGUUUGCAUGUGUGGAUUUGCCCAUCUUUGCAUAAGUGAAGACCCUAUUGCUAAAAAAUUGGUCACUAAUAUUUGUGUGGACAAACUUAGUGUCUUUUGAGUAAGUCAACAAAACUCGCGUGUCAGUAGAGUACCAGAUUUUGGUUAAGAGUACAAA